AUGGCUAAAGAAGUUGCCAUGUGCACGCAACUCCAACAAUGGAGUCCCGUAAAAGAGACUCCUGGUGCACCAAGUAUACCGCCUCAAGUUGGGUACUGUUUUCACUCUCCGAAAAAACAUCCAUGGAGACCAAUAAUGGGAUACGAAGAGAUCGAAGUUACACCCAUGCCUUCCCAACCAAUUACUAAUACUAUGGUGGAUCCUUGUUAUACUCCAUCAGGAAUGGCCGCAGAACCAUUGCGUUUUCCUAACUUGGUAACAGGUUUCGACCGAAGCCCUGAGCAUGCAGCUCGAGCUGCUCUUUAUACACGAUACACUCAAAAUGAAUGGAAUCAAAAUAGCAUCAAGAAUUAUAAUGAGUCCGAUGCCAAAAGAAACUUUUCAGAACGUGUUAGGAACGACAUCAUGCGAAUGUUAAGAGAAACAGAUGAAAUUGGUACACAGGGUCAGCGAGAUUCUGGCAGAAGAAUUGGCGAAAGAAUAACGGAUACAACAUUUUGGAGAAAUGAGGUUUCAAUAGAAAUGGAGCGUCUGGUAUCGACGUGCGAAAAACUUAACGAUACAAGGAGGCAGUUGGAGAGAGCCAUUGCUGGGAUUGAGGGACCGUUACAUAUUGUUCAAGAAUGCCUUUACCAUCGUGAAAAACGACAAGGUCUAGAACAGGUCCACGAUGCAGUGGAACAGUCCCUGUUGAAAGAGGUAGCUAUUCUACGUGAAUGUCAAGAUAAAUUUCGAAAUAUGCUUGAAAAGGUACGGCAGCAGUCGAAGAACUGUCGCGCCACGCAGCACGAAUUAGAAACGGAUAUGCGCAACAAGGAGUACGCGCUCGGGAUCGACUCCAUGUGCCACCAACUUAAUAAUUUUUCGAAGGCGAGAAUCCGA